AUGUACUUUCUAUUGCAGAUACUACAAGAGGUAGAAGAGAAUGUAGCUGAUAUAGUUAUUUUUGCUGAUGGCUCAUGGAAUUCAUUUGUUGAGCAUAAUGAAAGUAUAAAUCAAGUGCAUGAAGGGAGAUCUCAACAGCAAGAAAAUAGUAAUACUGAGAACCAAAAUAAUUUAGCUGAUGUUGUAGAUCUGACUAUAGCAAAGAGUCCAGAAGUUGGACCUUUCCAAAAUUCUGCAUACACAGCUGAAAAUUAUGGCUAUGAGAUAGAAGACAGGAAACCGUUCAGGGACGAUGAAGGUCUUCCUAUCCCUCUGUAUGCUUCUGGAGCAUCAGUUAUUAAUACUUCUCUGUGCACUCAAGCACCUGCUUACUAUACAAAAAGUGGAAUUUGGCCAAGGAAUAUGUCUUCAGUUUCUAGCUCUGUAUCAGGCAGAAUGGUUGGUGCAAAUGCUAAUGCACUGGGAACCUUGGAGUCAAUUUUGCCUAAUGUUUUGCUGAAUCCUAUUCAUACUGAUGCUGUUUCUCCAGUACUUAAUCGGGAUCCUGCAGGAUUUGAACUUUCACAACCUACAUUGAAUUUUCAGCAAGUACCACAAGUGACACAGCUUGCUGAAAAUGUACAAUUGGAACCGUUGCAUGAGGGAAGUUCAAUUAACAACAAUGAAGCAGGGAGGCCUAUACCUAGACAAGUUAUUAAAACUCCAAGAGCGGUUCAGGCACUUCCUGCACAGGCACAGAUACCCAGUUCAUCACGAACGGUGCAGACAGUUGUCGCAGAUGCACUCAAUUCAGUUAGUGGUGAGAUGCAAAUCAAUGAACUCUCAAGGACUUCCAGCAUCGCAGCAGCAUCAUUGCAUUCCAUGACUCAGGCAAGUCUGCUGAAAUGAAAUGAC